CAACGGCCCCAGUUCGAUCAGGAAUGAAGCAUAAUCCCCUGUGCGCCCCCACUGUCUAGCACCGCAGCACUACCACCACCUCGGAGCUCCACGGUUUCUCCUCCUACGCAAAAGCACCGCGCAAUAACCCUCGCAACCCUGUCUUUUCUAAUUCUGAUUCUAGACUUUCCAAAUUUGAGCUAAAUUAUCUCUGAACUUCUAUCUCGAAACGCGUUUCGCUUCUGAACCAACGAAGGUGUUGUUAUUGGUUGUUUUUCUGUCUCUGCUUCGGGUCGCGCCAAUGGAACUAGGGUUAGGAUUAGGGCAACCCUUUGUGCUUCUCCUACUCGCUCAGUUCUUCUGAUGCCUGGCUUGCGAGUUGCUGGCGUCUUCAUGUUGUGAAUUCCGAAAUUUUUGCUCCAUUGAUAGGUUAAAGUUUGGGGUUUCGUCAUGUCCGAUAGUGGUCGAGUUACCAUUACUCUUGGCCGUAGUGGUCAGGUUGUCAAGAGGGAUUUAUCUUCAGCUGACGUAUCGUAUGCUUCUUCUCUUUCCUUGGCUGGAACUAAGCGGCCUGUAAGAGACAGAAUUGGAAAUAAUGUAGAUGGUUAUGGACACAGCAACAACAAACGACACAGAGGAGAUAAUAGCAUACAAAAUGGGUUUGACGAUGGGCGUAUUGACAAAGAUGAUCUUCGGUUGAAGCUUAUGCGCAAAAGUGCAUCUAAGCGAGCUGAGAGCAAUGGUGAUAGGAGCCAGAUAGAUCUCCGUGAAAAACUGACCAAGGCAGUUCGUUCUCCAAUGACCAGUUUUAAUUCAAAGCAGCGUGAACUUGAACCAAGGGAAACAAGCAUGAUUAGGCGAAUUCCCUCAGCUAGAAGUUCUGAUGAUUUAAUGCGUAUGGAAUCCAUGAGAAGCUCAUACUCUCCUUGGACAUUGGACCAUAUUAGGCGAAGAUCACCAGAUGGGUUUCCAAGUAGUUCCAGGAGGAUUUCCCCUCAAAGAAAUGUGGAAGACCUACAGAGGAGGCCACUAAAUAGGACAUAUGAAAGUGUUACACCGGUACCUUAUGUAACUAGGGAUGUUGAAUCUUCAAGGCCUCCUGGCACUACACCUGCAUCUUUUGCAGCUCGCUCAACAAUGUCCACUUUGCCUCCUGUAACUGCUAAGCCUGUAACAUCUCAUCUUGGCCAACUUCCUCCAUCAAGCAGUGUUGCACAAAGAGCUUCAUAUGUGGGUGACGAACAGCAAUCUCUCCAAACUGUUGAUGGCCUGUUACAUGCUCUAGGACUGGGAAAAUAUGCCAUUCUCUUCAAGGCUGAAGAAGUAGAUAUGACUGCAUUGAAGCAGAUGGGAGAACAUGACCUCAAGGAGCUUGGAAUUCCUAUGGGUCCAAGAAAGAAAAUUCUUCUCGCUCUCUUGCCUCGUGCAAAACGUCAACAGUGAUAUACUGAUAUUACUGCAUGAAGUAAAAUUUAACACAUGGUUGGAUCACCAGGUUAUUGGUUUUUGUUUCGACUUUUUUAUCUUUUUUCUCUCUUUUUUUCUUGGGUUGAUGGUAAAGUACAUAUCUCAGUUUGUACAACAUGCUCUCUCUCAUAUGGGGUUUGAGUGCCCCAUUUUUGCAUUUAAAAACAACUAUUUGUUAACAUUGUAGUCUGUUGGGGAAUAUUGAUCUGUGACAUACUCUGUCCUUUCUCUCCUCUUCGUUUGAAGAAAUAGGAAAUGGAAUCAAUUUAUACUGA